AUGCUUGGCCGACUAUUGAGUACCGCCGCGUCGACUCUGAACCCGGCGGCGUACUCUGCACGGAACAAUGGAACACCUCUUGAGUCGGUGACUGAAGAGGAACAUACCUCCGGUCUUCUUUUUCCCGAUGCCAGCCUCCUCCGACGUACCCAUGCCCAUGCAUACCCAUUGCAAACCACUUUCAAUUCACCAAAUGCUUCGACCGCCGGUGCCUAUGAUGACCGUGGUGGAAUGGAACUGGAUCCAAUCAAAGAUUUUCGUGUGAUCGUUGCACAAAAUGCACUGGGUGACCGAGAUGCAUGUGUCUUACUUGACACGCGUGCUUCCGAUUCAUCCCCCGCCGGCCUUGGAAUCGACCCUCAAGGAAACGACCAGUCCGGCCCUAGACAUACCCGUGCUGUCUCAAGUCUCUCUCGUGGAACACGCCGCAAUCUCCUUACCCAAUCUUCACUCAUCGAACCGAGUCCCCUCUCCGCCGCCGCAGAUGCACGCAGGUCGUCACCGGCCGGUUCGGGUGCUUUCUCCCGAGCCCGAGGCCGUAGUUCCACAUUGGCACCUUCGGGGACAUGGCAUGAGCCUGGUAUCUCGCGACACCCCUCCGACACCAAUGAUACUGGCCUUCUAAAUUGCAUAUUCGGCAGCAGUGCCUUUAGCUAUCGUGGGUCAUCCACGAAAAUGCACAUCAUUUCCGCUGAUGAAGACUCGGGAACUGGCGUGAAUCCAUCGUCUGCUACUCGGAGUCCACUCUCUCGGGCCUACACGACAGGGAGUCCAUCGGGCCAGAUAGGAGCAUCUCGAGGCGUGGACGACAAACCACCUUCGAAAGUCACAGUUCUCCUGACUCGCAUGUUCAGUGUAAAUCUUCCCGAAGGAGCCGAAGCAUCCGCUGAGCGCCAUGACUAUGCCAGUGCUCUUUAUCAGGAGUCGUUACCUGAGAUGGAGUUUCCGUUCCCGGAUGUUUCCAAGCGUAAGAAGAUCAAGGAGAAAAAGACACCCAUGUACGCAGUCGCAAUCACGAUCCAGAUUCCCUUGCUUGCACGCAAUUAUGGACGCCCUGUGUCAAGAUUCAGCACACCAGGCCUAGACUCUCCUCGGCCGGGAUUUUCAAGCUCGCUGGAUUCUGACCAUCGCUGGCCGGGUGGGUUCUUUGACGAUAGUUUGUCUUCGGCUUCUCCUCCAGCUAGCCUGGAUGAGCGCCUGGACUUGCUCGUUGAUCAUUGGGACGUUAUCACUCGCACGCUUUCCCACCUUGAAAGACUUGUUCGCAACGAGAUUCUAUUCCUCUUGAAGAAGGUGGACUCCUUGUCUGGACCACACCCGAAGCCUGCCAAACCCCCCAAUAUGCAGCGGACCAACCAAACGAUUGUGCAUUUACCUGCAAACAUUCUAUCGGUCAAUUCGAAACUUAAGGAAGAAGCCAUUCGUAGCUCCCGACGGAUCAGCCUUGCUCUUCAAACCCCGUAUGUGGUUACUGGACAAAGUCGUUGGGGUGUCUGGCGGGAGGAAGGUCGUUCAAUCGUUCGUGGUCUGGGUGACAAAGAGCAGAACUUCUUUUUCUUGGUGGUUCUAACAGCAUUUCUGGGCAAUCAUACUGAGUGGCUCAACAGCCUUGGCCCGGAAUGGUAUCGUCGCCGCCAUAAUCAACAAAAUAAAGCCCAGCAGGAUGGAGAGCCUAUUCUUGCGAAAAGAACAGUUGUUGUAUGCCCGGACAAAAUGACUGCUCGCCGUCUUGUGUUCUUACUCGCCGCUUUUUUGCCUCCGAAACAGCGCUUGGAGCCUCUGCCAUCCCCACUUAGACCUGGCACAUCGGCUUCCAUGCGGGCUAUCUCUCAAAGUCCACCGACUGUGCCUAUGCUCCGCCAGGAGUCCCUUCGGAGAGCCAUUGAACGACGGGCCCGUGCUCAGAGAAUGAUCAUGGGCGAUAAUGAUCGCCACCAACGAUCGGUGAGCGUCUCAUCCCAGGACACAGCCCAGCGGUCAUUCGACGGAGCUGAAAUCAAUCCGCCGGCGGAACUUUCCUCGGCCUCGGCCCGCAGAGGAUCUGAUGCUCGUUCGAUCAGACCCCCCGGCACAGGCAUUCACCCGAAGGACGUCCGGGCCAUGAAUACCAGCGGAGCAACCACAUCUAUGACGACUCAGAGUAGCACUGUCCCUGUUCCACAUUUUACCUCACAGCCAAGCCAUUCUACCCAAACUAGAGCGGAGCGUAGCGCAGCCGACGGAAACGAUAGUCUAGCAUCUGAGACUCUACUGAAGAGCCUCCAACGAAGUGACAGCUCUGCGUUGACCACUAAUGGUAGUCUUUCCUCAGGCGGAGGUCGCUGGGGAGGUAUUUUCUCCGGUCUUUGGAGCUCCCGCCAAGGCUCAUCGACCGAGAACAGUGAGCAAUAUUCACCAUCUGAGGCUCGCAAACGCUCCGUCUCUACAAUCGCAGGCCCUGCUAGGCGUGGGUCCACCACUUUGAGUCAAAUGGUCAAGGAAGUGACGGCCGAGGAUGGACAUCGGCCCGAAACUGCUCCUAGUGGAAACAUCUCAAUCCCGACUGCUUCUGCAACCGCUCCUCACGACCCCGAAGCCAUCUCACCAGAACCAUCAUCACUUAAUAGCCAAGUCCGUGAAUCACCUUUGAAGCUAUCGGUUCGAGCAGAUGAAGGCGUGGUGGAUGUUGAUCUUCCAUUACCUGGUUUCAUGUCGCUUUCUUCCUCCGGCGAUUCAACUAUUGCCUCGCCUAAGAAGACUCGAACAUCAGUGACCAGUGUAGAUGCAAUGGCUUCCACACACAGCAGUGGCUCUGGAUUCCACGCUGUGGCGAAGGAUAGUGAUGGCCCAAAUUCCCAUGUGGCUGGUUGGCUGAAAUUUUUCCAUGAGGAUUUCUCGCUCCAAGCAGUCCGGCCUUAUGCUGCACUUGAAGCAGAAAUAAAACGAGCAAUGCGAGCCGAACCCUCCCCAUAUAUCCCUUCCACAUCUGAUGAGGACGGAUCAGAGAGAUGGGUAGACGUCGCGACAACUUUGAUCGCAGACACUCGGGCUUCUACGGUGAAACGGCUCCGUUUGCGACGCAAGAUUACAGUGGGUCACCCCUCUGGGACUCCUCGUACGCCUCCCUCGCCUGCCAAUGCUACCACCCGUCGUUCUACUGGAGGGCCCUCGGCAUCGCAAUUCACCAGCUUCUUUUCUGGAAAUGACAAAGCUCCUCAUGGCUCUCCAACUGACGAACAAGAUCAAAGCUUCGUGGAAGAACGAUUCAUUGAGGAGCCUGUGAUGGACCUUGACGGAGUUUUGGUUGAUGCUGUCGAGCGUGUGUUGGGACAGAGUGGCUACUCGUCAAUGGCACAAUCUCGUGCUCCUUCCCCCAAUCGUGCUCGUAGAGCCGAAGAAAAGAGUGCCUCUUCUAGACCAGACGAAGCCGCUCCCAUCGAAGUGCCCCGUGGUGAAUGUCGUAAGAUGGUGCUCGGAGCUCUCGAAGAAGUCGUCCGCAUUGUUACUGCUGAGCACUGCCGUGAAGAUGUCGACAGCGCCCUCGGACUUGCCGAUCGCGAGCGAAGAAGAGCGCAAUCAGGUGCCGAUAAUACCCUGCGUGAGGGAAUCCGGAAAUGGCUCCUUGAUGUCGAAGAAGCUUGGUGA